AUGUCGCCAUGUCACUCAGUGGUCAGAUUAGCUAGAUUUUGUCACCGUGCGGCUGGACUCCGCGAUUUAUUUAUUAUUUUUUCAUUGCAUUCUUCGUGCAUAUAUAAAGUAGCUCCAAACCACUGUGUAUCUACUCUGCUGCAACGCCUUUUACAGCUGACACAGAAAUUGAUCUGGAGCAGAAUUCCUAUUGAAUGUUUUGAGGGCGACUCCAACUCGGAGUUCCCGUUAUUCAAUUUGGUGCUGCCAAGUACUUUGAAGCGAGCGAUGCCAAGAUUGCCCAAGGCAGCGAACGUUGGAACAGGAUAUUCAAGUUUCUGGCAAGUAGCCUAUUUUCUGAUCACCAAGGUUGCUCCGAGAUUCGCGCUCUUUGAACGGGAUAGAGAAGAACGAUUAUCCAUUAUAAUCAUGUCACCUCAGCCAGGAUUAUCAUAA